AUGAGCGCGUCUGCGGCCGCAUCGGCCGAACUGCACUUGAAAAUGUGCAAGAAGGUGGCGCAGCUCACGAAGGUUAUUUUCCAGCUCAAUACGCGUAACGAGGACUAUCAGGCUGAAGCGGAACAUACUCGAGAAGCACAUACAGCUGAGCUCCAGAAACUUACACAGGAUGCCGCCGACAAGAUGAGGAUGUUACAGGGUAAAUUGCAGACCCAAGCGGCCACUGCAGCGCAACGAGAGCGUCAGUAUGCCGCGGAGAGGCAAAAAUUCAUGACCGAGACGCAGCAGCAGCAGCGACGGACGCAAGCCGGUCGUAUCGCUGCGGAGGAGGCGUUUAAAGUUAAGGUGGCGGAAUUAGAGACGGAAGUACUGGACGCUAAACGACACUUUAAUGAGCGAGUAGAAACUCUAACUCAGUUAGCUGCAGAGAAAGAGAAACAGCGAGCAUUGAGCUCGCAAGAAGAAGCUGUGGCGUUAGAGGCACGACUGGAAGAGAUGAGGUUGAAACACGCAGACGAAGUGGAGCAGCUCGUGACGACCUCUAACGCUAAGUAUAGCAAGAUGCUGGCCGAGCAAUUGCGGGCUCAAGACACUCUAAAGGCCGAUCUGGUUAGUGCGAAACUCGAUUAUGACAAGCAGAAACAGGAGAUGAUAGCGGAGUAUGAGCGUCAAAGAUUGGCUCAAGAGAUCAGCGCUAAAACCAGUUUCGACGAGGUGAAACACGAGUUAGUGACUAAAAUCGAGGCACUGUUACUCGAUGUUGAAGCACUCCGUGGGAACGAGACGAAACAUCGAGACGAGAAGGAAAAUUUCGUGAAAAAUCAACAAGAAGCGGCUCGGACGAUAAAACAGUUGGAACUACAGCUCUCUAAGGCCCAACAAGACUCGCAAAGUGUGCGCAGAGAUGCCUCAGCCCACUCAGAGGAGUUACAGCGCAUGCUAGCUGUUAGUACGGAUAAAAUCGACGAAUUAGCGCAGGAGCUUACGACGCUCAAGCAGACACUGCAAACACGAGAUCGAGCGCUAAUACAGGCACAGAAAGACCUGGAGAUUGCCCAGUUAGAGACUUUACAGCAGAAUGCCACUGCGUCGGAACUACAAGCUCAGUUGAAACAGCAGCUUCAAGAGAACAAGUUACAACUUGCGAACAGUAAAAGCGAGAUUCAACUCGCUUUUCAGCAGGUUGAAACCGGUAAAAACCAGAUCCAGAAACUCGAAACGGAGCUUACAGCUGCGUUAAAGUCAAUUGCAGAUAUGCAGACGGAAGGCUCAAACAAUGCUCUAACGCAGUCGAAAUUAAAACAAGAAUUAGAGCAUGUCCAGACGGAGGCGAAACAAGUUAAAACCGACCAUGAGCGAGCGCUGGAGACGUUAAAACAGACGUACGACAGUAACAUCCAGCAGUUAAUAAGUUCUCACACUCACGAGAUGGAGACGCAACGAUCUGGAGCGAAGAAGCAGCUGGAACAACUGGAGAAACGUAUGAAAGAGGCUUCGGAAAAAACUUCUGAUGAAAAGAUUUCGGAGCUUAAACGCGAGCACCAGCGUGUUGUAAUUGAGCACGAAGUUGCGUCUAAGACAGCGCAGGCGAAACUUCGGGAUGAAAUCGUCAAGUUAGAGUUACAGGUCAAGACGUUACAGGAUCAACUUACGGUACAGACGCUGCACCUUACAGAUUUGCAGAAGAAACGCGCUGAUUUGGUUCGGCAGCUUGAGAACUCACAACAGCAAAUAUCAUCGUUGCAAUCAGCUAAAGACGCGCUUCAAUCAUCCAGUUUAAAGUUUCAAAAAGAACGAGAUGAAGCACACCAGAAGCAGAUUCGAGAACUCGAGUUACAGCGUGAGAACUCUAUUAAAUCCCUAACGGCGGAUAGGGAUCAAUUAGAGCAGGAACACUCUAAAGCACUGAUCCAACUGAUGCAAGCGCACGCAACAACACUGCAAACUACCACUGAACAGCUUGAAGCUCAGAGGUUAAAAGAGCUUACAUUUCAAGAAACAACGAUGCGCGAGCUGUAUGAGCCACAGCUGUUAAAGCUUCGCGAAGAUAUUGAAAGUUUACAGCACGCCCUUAAAGGCUCUACAGAGGAAGCGAUGGAGACGCAGAGGGCAAUGGAAGAGACCAGACUGUUUGAGCAAGAGCAGGUUCGAAGCGCUAUAGUCCGAUACACUGAGCGUACCGCAGCAGAGCUCUCUGACGUUGAAAUAACAGCUCGACAGCAAUUAGAGAGUCUACAAUUGAGACACUCUAACCACGAAUUAGAGCUGGAAAAACGGUUGAAGGACGAGAUGAAAGCCCAACUUGCCAGUCACCAGGCCAAAGCUGACUCGGAUUUCGCUCGCCUAGCAGCGGAGCAUCGUCAGGAGCUCCAAAUAUCCGCGCAAGAGCACGCUGAGGCGAUGAAACUCCUUCAAAGCACCUUACAUUCCGGCCAAGAACGAGCAAUUCUGGCCGAAAGAGCCGACGCUGCGAAGCAACUUGCAGAACUGAGCUCUAAGAAAGACAAAGAGCGAUCUGAAGCGCUUCUUGAAGCUCAACAUGCGCACGAUCAGCAAUACGGAGAGUUACGGGAUCGAUUAGAGUCAACAGAAGAAACCCUAACGAGAAAGACUCUGGACUGGGCCGGUGCGAUGCGUGAAGGCCAGAACUUAAGCGCUGCGUUAGCUGCAAAGACCCAGGAGGUGGUAGUUAGAGUAGCUGAGUUAGAGAAGAGUUCGCGUGAGCAAGUGGAGACUCUAAAACUCGCUGCGAAGCGGGAGAUGGACAAAUUAUUGGAGGAAAAUCUGGCCGAGACCAAGCAAUUGAGCGACCAAUUCGAAGAAACUCGACGUGUUAUGGACGAGAAAGUGGCUAGUCUCAAGGCAGCGAUCGCUGAGUGGCAGGACAAAUACGCUCGACGCGAGAGUCGUCCUGAAGACGUGGCUCGAAUUGUCGAACUGGAGCGUCUGGUGGUCGAGAAAGACGUGCUGGUACGGCGGACUCUGGACGAGAUGGCCUACUUUAAGCGGGAGUUGCUGAAUCGAGAGGAAAUGUACAACAAGACGUUUGCAAGAACGCCCAAUGUGGGGAUGUUGCAGGUGCUCAAACCUCACGUACAAAUGCAACAGCAGAUGCAGAUGCAGCAGUCACUGAAUCCGAUGCAAGCUACACCUCCGCCAAAGUCUCGAGGGAAGGCGAAAACGUUUGAACAACCUCAAGAUUUGCAGCGUAGACGCAGUGAGCGCAGUGAGCAAGAAGCGGAGCUGGACAUGUUCUAUCGGGGCGAAAACUAUAAACCAGUCGAUAUUUAUACAGCCAUGAAGUGGUGCUCAGAAGGCUGGUCGGGUGUUUCGACGAAGACAAUUAGAAACUGCUGGAGUAACAGCGGAAAGUUGGAUCUGCGAUUUCUACUGAAUUAA